GAUGCAGCGCAAAGCAUGGCGGGAUAGUAAUCAACCGUGGUUUAUUCAUUCCAAGGAGACGCGUAAAUAGUCAAACGGCGAUCAUGGCAACCGGCCAUGGAAUGGCAAUGUUGACCAAUUCCUGCGUGAAAAACCCCAGGAUUCCGGGAUCUCGACUAGCGGCAAGCUUCAGCGAGAGACUGGACACUACUAAGAUCAAGAACAAGGGUCGUCAGGGGCAGAAAAGAUCGCCGGGGAGAAGGACGGAAAGUGUCGACGAGUUCCUCCGAUCAGACGACGACGAACCGAAAACCACUACUUCUACAGUCCAAGAUGUUUGGCUGAAGCCUGAGGACGGAGAGCCAGGAGCGGGCGGAGAUUACACAGGUGAACCACGGGUAUACGAGGAGGAUGUGCACCACACUGUCGACCCGAUUGGUGCUCUUGCCAACGAAAUGUCCAACAUGUCCACCGAUGAUUUCUAUGAAAAGAUGCAGGAACUGAAGAGAGAACACCAGAAGACCUUGACCAUGGUGCACGGGCUGUAUGAAGAAAUCCGCGAAGCAGAGGAGAGGCGAAGCCACAGAGAAGCAGACGCCAUGGAGAGUGCAGGCACGGAGGAGCUGUUCAGAGAUCUGGAUGACUUGAGAAGUAGCUUCAGGGCAUCCCGGAGUGCGGACAAGAUAAGGGACAUGACAGCAGCCAAGCCGCCUCUGCCCACCACCAGCAGCAGACCUCCCUCAAUGUCCAGCAGCAAGUUUGCCUGGUCAGCAAAAAGAGACCAAGACAUCGAUCUCAACUACCUGAAAAGGGCCAGAAGUCUGAGUGAACAGGACUUACGGAGGGCGGGGUCGGACAGCUAUGCUUCUAGUGAUGAUGAUGGCGGUGGCUAUGAGUACGAACUUGAAGAUCGCCCCUCACCCUGGCGGCAAACAACCCCAGGACCCACGCCGAUGAAUCGUAUAGAUAACAUGUGGGAUGACUUCUCUGUGGAUGACUAUGCUCCCAGGGGGAGGUCAGUGUCAAGAGCUUCUCGAACCAGCACCUCAACAAAGAAAAGCAAGGAGUGGUCUCCUAAGAUCACAAUUCCAGAACCCUUUGAAAUGACUUUGCGCGAGGCCAGCAAGCCAAAGAAAAAGACGUCUGCUAUGUUAGCCCUUCAAGAACACUUGAUCACCAAGCAACAACGAGAGGAAGCAGAGCUACAGAAGAAGUUCAAAGCCUCCCCAGCACCAGCACAUGUUUAUGUCCCAAUGUUUGAUGAUAUCAUGAGGGAACAGGAAGAGAAAAGGCAACAGAUCAGACAAUACAGCAAAGAAAUACUCAAGUCCAUGGAAAAACCUUUCAGCUUCUACAAGAGGGAAGAGGAGAAAAAGAAGGAAAGACUAGAACGGGCUCAGUUCAUGAUGAAGACCACCCCAAAAAAGAAGAAGGUAAAACAGUUCAAAGCCAAGCCCGUGCCUCGAUCCUUGCAUGACCCCGCAGCGGCAGACAGAAUCCUGGAGGAUGAGGAGUACAGGGCAAUUAAGAAGAAGAUGAGGGCAGAGGAACUCAUGAGAUCAGCUUCCCUCCCUCCAAGUAUGCAGGCGAGAGAGAAUGCCAAAAUGGCAACUUCACAAGGUAGAAUGUACAGCAAUAGGCCCAAGAGUGCCGGAUACUCAUUCAAACCAAAGAUAAGGCACUCAGUACCCGACUUUGACCACAUACACAAAAAACUGCAGUGGGAGCUCGGACAGAAGAGGAGAGCAAAGGAGGCCACUGUACAACAACCGUUCAACCUCCGCACGUCUCGUAUUCCCUCGAAGGCUCACAAGAUCUAUGAGGACAUAGAGAGGGACCAGCAGAGUCUGAAGGAGAACAGGUGGCCUUUCAGAGCGCCCCGGUCACGCCCCCUCUCCUCCCCGGGGCGGUUAUCCACGUCCAUGGACUCCAUCCCGGCUGCUACAACAGAGUCCACACGUAAGAGGACCCAGGCGGUGCGAGCAUCCCUGAUGGAGAGAGAGAUGUAUGAGCAGGAGGAGAGGAUGAGGGAGAGGCAGAAGAGACUGAAGGAGAAGGAGAUUAGAAAGUCUUUGGCCGCCAAGGCAAGGGCUAAUGAUCAGUCUCUGGCCCUCAGUGAAGUGAAUGAUGACAAGCUGAAGGAAUUCAGAGAUCAGGAGAGAGCCCGCCAGCUGGACUACAAGAGGUCGCUGAAUGAAAUGAUGGCAAGGGUGGAAAAUAGGCCAUAUAUGUUUGAGAGGCAAUCACAGAUCAAUGCAAGGAAGGCGGCUGAGAAGAAGUACCAAGAGGCCCUGCGCAGUGCUGGAGUGGACGAGGUCUUUGUUGCUGAAAGAAACAGCAGGUCUCAGUCCACCAGCUACAACCUGAGUGACAGUGACAGUGACAGUGACGAGGGGUCAUUCCAAAAUACUAGUACAAAGGACACUCGUCAGGACAGGAGUCCCUCAGUUAGUGAGGAGUCAGACUUGGAGAUGUAGAGUACCUGAGUAUGGUCAGCAACCAUUUCAGCAACAACGUAGCCUUUUUGUUCAAGUGCCUUAGAAAAAAGUACCCAUACUGCACUUUGUAUAGUAUGUUUUCAUAGUUAAUGGUAGUUGAACAAGGUGAAGUAAAAUCACACAUUUACAAAUUGUGUUAUGUUAGGUGUGGAAAAGCAGUUGCAAUGAGCUUGUAUGAUUGCUGCUAUUCAUUUAUGAAUGUAAAUAUCAGUUGAUGGACAGUAUUGUCUGUUUCACCCAGGCCAUGGCUGGGUCUUUUGUAUCCAAGUGUUUCUAGUAGUCUCUUUCACACUUGGAUGAUUGCCAGUGUUAGUAAAAAGACCAAGUAGGAGCUGUCACAAGGACCUGUUUCUCUGUCCCAAGAUGGAAAUUUGCCUGUAGGAUAAAGAAGACAAAAAUGUCACUUUCAAAAAAUCUGAACUUCAUGACAUGAAACUAAUGAAUAUGUAUUUUUGUAAGCUUAGAAUGACAAUUGAACAACAAAAAUCAACAAUACGAGCUCGCAAACAAGGAGUAAGAUAGAAAAAUAUUCAAAGGCAGAGACAGCACUGAACCAAACCAACUUUGUUAUUUACUUUGCUGGUCAUGGCAACAGCUUUCAACUGUAGCUGUACCCAUGAAAAUUGAAAAGCUUUCACUGAGCUUGUUUUACAUUUUUAACUUAUAGAGGUAAUCUAUUUACUAUGUUUUAAGUUGCCAUGAAAUUUAAAGACUACAGCAUUUUGGUAAUGUCUCAGGUUUGGACUUCGUCUGUGAUCUUAAAUUUUCUUUAUGGCCUUGUAUUGUGAACCAGCAGUGAAGAGACAAGGUGUUUUUCUGAGAUGAUAAGAAACUAAGAGGUGUUUUGAUCUUGGAUAUGUUUGUGUAAGUUUAAAAAAUGUUUUUUUUCUUCAUAUAUAUAUAAAAUGCAUUACUCACAUAAUGUCAAUGCACAAACAGAAAGCCAUCCAGUAUGUUAUUUGCUGUAAUUGACUCCUACUUCUUGAGGUAGAUGUAUAUAUACUAUACAGUAAUAAGCAAACAGUCCAAUAAAACAGUGAAGUCUUUCAACUU